UACUUGUCGUCGUAGCCUAUCAAGAUACAUGAUAUUGCAAUGUCUCCUGCCACCGUGGAAUUACACACGAAACCCGAAAAGGGUCAAGACAGGUUAUGAGAAAUCCGACAUCGUGUUAUGUAAGGAUCAUCGUACUCCCUUCGAGCAUGGCUCGAGUGCUAAAACCAAGCUCGAAAGAAAUCCAACGAUCCUCGAUCAACAACCUUUACAUUAUUAUGAACGAUCAGAUCUGAUGGAACAUUCCACGUCCGCGAUAAAUCUUCGGUGCCGUGCUAUCGAGGUUAAGUCCAUUAAAGAGGGAUCGUCUCAAUGGAGAAGAGCAGUAAUGGUCCAUUUCUUUCGAAUCAGAGCUGGUUAACAUAUCGAAAAUAGGUUCUUUACCGGAACAAGUGUUCUGUGUCUGUAAAAUACUUUACAAUAAUUGUCGGUGAGAAAUUGAUUGUUUAAUACUACCGAGACACGAUCGGAGGCAUCUGUGAUGGGAACGCAGCCAACUUGACAUUAAUGAAUUUCAUUGGAAAGUA